AUGCGAUCGAUGAGCCGACCGUUGAGGAAGACCGAAAGCGCGAGUUGUCGAUCCAGCCCUCGGUCAAUGCGGCCGUGGAAAAUUUGUUGGAUUAGGUCGAAGGUGACGUUGUGGAUGAGGUUGUUCCAAUGGUACCUGAAGAAUAUGUCCUGUAUUAUCAAGCAAACAUACCGAGUGAGCUUUUCAAUCUCUAAGACAACUGGAUGUUGGGGUGACUUACCAGCAUUGUCUCAAUGACAUCGCUGUCCAGGAAAGCGCGUUUGAGCAUCGGACCCGGCGGCAGGUCUGGUCUGUGGGGUGUAUACAUCUUGGGCAAAGGAGCCACAGUUGGUGCCGAGGGCGUCCUCGCAUCCUCCUCCCCGUUGGAUCCCAGAGUUCGACCUCCUCUGGCAAGAUGUUGAUCUUCAACCGAAAGUUCGUGCGGCGGUGCUCGCGUCUUCAGGUCAGAGUCCAAGCUGAUAGUCGCGGUCGCCGCAGCCAGGUCGUCAUCGUCCGUAGGAUCACCAAACGGAUUCUUCCCAUCAUCUUCACCAUUCUUGCCGUCCCCUCCAUUACAGGAGUCCGAAUCAUCAUCAUCAUCGUCCGCUCCUCCCGUCGAGGCAAUUAAAUCGCGCAACUCGCGCGCCUCCUCCCGCGUCAAGAUCCCUGACUCAGAGUCCAACGACCCCUGCACCGAAGGCGAGGACAUCCCCGAAGCGGGCUGUCGUCGCGGUACAGUGAUCGGGCUAGUCGGAACCGACGAGUGUCCACUCUUGUUGAAGCGGUAGUUCUCGUAUUCGUAGUCCUCCUCCAGGGCGGUCGGCUGCAGCGCCUCAGCCAAAUCAUCAGCACCUUGCCACCCCUUGGCGAGAUGCCCGUCCUUAUCGUAAAGCUGUGCUGAGCCGACCGGUCGAUUGAGCAAGCCCAUGUUGGAGCAAUGUAAAAGCUCGGCAUAGAACUCGCAGACGCGGAAGCGCUCCAAUGUCACGGGUUCAAUAGGGCCUAUAGUGGAGGCGAUCGGCCCUUUGGCACUUCGUGGCGAUUUGACGAGGCGCUGCAGCCCGUGUAUACGCUGCGAAACGGUCGUGAGCAUCGCGCUCAAGUCAACAACCGAUGGUCCCUUGUCAUCGCCAUCGAUUUGGUGGUUCGAAACAUCGACAAAUUCGGCCCCUUCUGCUUCCAGCAUCUCACGUUCGAUCUGCUCCGCUUCCUUCUUCCGCGCCCACGUGAGCAUGUGCUGCUCGACAAAAUCCGAGUUGUUCUUCCGGAUCAACUCGACAAAGAUGGCGAUGGAAGCGAUCAACGACGACGUCCUCAAGUCGGCCGUCUUUUCCGGCGAGUCAGGCGAGAGUUCAACAUCGCUCGACAUCCGUGGUGUCGUUUCAACUUGCUCCUCAGGUUCAUUGAUAGCGGCCGUCAUAAAGCUUUUGCGUUGUUGAAGUUGACCUACGGGCCGUUUCGAGUCAUCGUUCGGCGGCAAGACCCAAUCGAGCAAAGUUCGCACCGUCUUUUCUUCGGCGAUUUGGCGCGUCAGCGAGUUGUCACGCCACACCAGUUCGAUCUCCUGCUGCGCCUGCGGGUCCCCUGGUCCGUUCUGUGGCGGUUGCAUAGCCGGCACGGCGCUACCGAGUUCGAGGCAGCCCCGCAAGAGUUCUUCGGCGGCGGCAUGUCCCUCUUUGCCGAGGGCAGCAAAAGGCUCGAGCAGCCGGAUCGAUUGCGGGACGACGGAGGAGAGUAA